AUGCCCUCUCAGCGUGAGCGUGAGCCGCCGCUGCCACCGUUACCACCAAUACCCUCAGCAUCACGCUUUGGCGUCACCGCUCAUCCUUCGAACCUUCCUCGAUCGCAACACCCGACUCCUGCCCCCAGUGGAAGUAGGCAGCGGCUGCUAGACCGUCAAAAUGCGCAAACUAUGGCCGCAAUGAGUAUGCAAAUACAAACAAUUCCACCUCGUGGCCACAGCCGCUCGAUUAGCCAACCGUUCCCCUUCCCAGGCGCUGGCAAGAGACGCAAUAAACAUAAAACCGAGAUGUGGGAGUCCGACUCAGACUCCGAGGAUACGACCUUGCCAUCAGAGAUCGUCGACCGCGGUCCCCGAAAAGAUACCAAGGCUGGGGGCGAUCUUGCAGAGACCAGGUGUCCCACAUGCAAUUCGAUUGUACGAUGGCCCAGAAACUUGAAAGAAUUUCGAUGCUCUGCGUGCUUGAUGGUGACGGACUUGAGUCCUGACACGCCGGCGGAGUCAAAACCUCCCGCCACAGCGAAGGGCGAUAUGCAUCCCGUGGAUGGAAACCCUAAAAGAGAUCCCUUUAAAGAUCGUCCAUUACCCCCAUUGCCGCCAAAUGCUCAGCCCCCAGAAAACAAGUCAGAAUCGCCAUUCUCGCUUAGGCAGAUGGGCUUUAUGAUCGACCAAUGCGUCUCUGCCUAUUUCGAUCACGUUUUACAGUCCGCUCCGGCAGCACUUGAACUCGCUCGACACCGUGAAGUUGAUAAUGGAGGUCCGAAGCUUGGGAAUGAUCUCGGCGAGACAGCCAAUGGCUUCACUGGCUUUCUGGCCGAUCCUCGCGAAUGCCACACGCGAAGCGUCUCUGGGUCAGGCCUACGAUCUGGAAGGCAAGGAAGCGAUCCAAGAUUUCUUUCACCUGAUUCUUUUGGGGGGAGCCACGUCAAAGGUGAGAUGCCAGUACGAACCAGAGCGAAUUCAGAUCUGCAGUCCAGCUCAAAGCUGGACUCUCAUCGCCAUGAUGAUCUUUCAGAGCCCGGGAGGAGGGACAGUGAUUAUUCUUGUCGAAUAUUCGAGCAACUAGAGCAGGCUCUCAUUGCCGCCUUGAAGGAGACCAGUCUUCUCAAUACCUCGUUCCUAUCGCAUCGAAGCUUCGUUCGAUCUGCAAGCAGUGGGAAUCAUCCCAAGAUGAACUUAGACCCAACAUCGAUGAUGAACGACCCAACUUCGAACACAGCUGCUUUCGAACCGGACGCAAAGACACUUUUGCUGGGUGACUUGGCUGAGAACUCCUCCUGGUGGAUGACGGAGUGGGCUCAAGCCGAGGGCCACAUGCCCAUACCUGCCAAAGAAAGGGCCCCGGAAGAUACUCGUUUAGUAUCAUCAAGGUCCCCGCGCAUAAAUUGGGCCGAGGUUGGCCGAUGGUAUCAGUUACUUUUGACAGCAGGAGAUCGGUGGGCGGAACAAUGGGCUGCUAAGAGGUCCCAAGAAUCAAGCUCAGAGUCUUUUGCAGCACAAUCCAAGCGGUCGGAAGUUGUUGACUUGGCUCGCCUGGAGAAGGCCAUUCACGACUCACGUACGCAUUUACAGCGAACCUUCAUGAAGGCUGUUGAAAAAUUGCUCAAGCGUCCGCGCCGUCUUCUCAAGAAAGCGGACGACACCCGAUGGUUGUUAAUAUUGCUUGCAAAUCCUUUGCUGUCUUCGGCCAGUGCUUCGCCAAAUUCGAGAAACUUACAAUCGACGAACCGCGGAAUACGGCGUCCCUCCCAUCCAACUGAAGGUCCAUCGCCAAAUGCUGGGAAUACCAAGAUCACGCACAAGGAGUCGAGUCGCCAAGGGGUAAAUCAACACUAUGGUAUCACCAAGCGCAUCUUGGGACUGAUGUCAAACACACCGGAAGAAUGCCAUCAUCACUUUAUUUCCUGGUUUUCUCGGCUCACGCCAAGCCACUUCACUCGCCUUGUGGAACUUAUCGGUGGCUUCAUCACCUAUCGACUGACUCGUCAACAAGGUCGAAAGCGCAGUGAGGCCGCUCCAGAUGGAGACGAUCUAGUGCCUACUCUUCCGAGAGCCACAGGAAGCACCCCAGCGGAACUACAUGCAGCAAUCAACAACCGCCGAAGUCCAACCAAGAAAAGCGCAAAACAACAGGAAACCCCAGUGGUCUAUGGUGAAGAUUGGCAAAUCAUCGCCGGCUCAAAGAUGUUGUCCCUCCUCUUCACUGCCAACACGGAAGGGGGCAGAAAGGCUCAUGAGGCCGGACGUGAUAUGGCAUCUCAUCGUCAUCACUUGGCCCCUAUCAGCGCAUUCUACAACACUCUCUUAGAUUAUUCGGAUCUGAUUGCCGACUUUGAGAUCUGGGAAUCAAAGAGUUCCAAGUUUUCUUUCUGCCAGUAUCCCUUCUUGCUCAGUAUAUGGGCCAAGAUCCACAUCAUGGAGCAUGAUGCGCGCCGCCAGAUGGAGGUGCAAGCACGCGAAGCAUUCUUUAAAAGCAUAUUGAAUCACCGAGCUGUCAGUCAGUACUUGGUGCUCAAGGUGCGAAGAGACUGUCUCAUUGAGGAUAGCCUACGUGCCGUCAGUGAAUCUGUCGCUACUGGAUCCGAGGAGAUCAAGAAAGGACUCCGCAUUGAAUUUGUUGGGGAAGAAGGUGUUGACGCUGGUGGACUACGCAAGGAGUGGUUUUUGCUGCUUGUGCGGGAGGUUUUCAACCCGGAUCAUGGUCUGUUCACAUAUGACGAUGACUCCAAGUACUGUUACUUCAAUCCACACUGUUUUGAGUCAUCUGAGCAGUUCUACUUGGUUGGUAUCUUGCUCGGUCUCGCGAUCUACAAUUCCACCAUUCUGGACAUUGACUUGCCCCCAUUCGCAUUUCGAAAAUUGCUCGCAGCUGCCCCUCAGUACAACCUUGCUCAUCCAAGCCCACAUCGGUCCAAAUUCAAGUGCACAUUAGAUGAUCUCGCCGAAUAUCGACCCACCUUGGCCAGAGGUCUCCGUAAUCUGUUGGAAUUCGAGGGCGAUGUAGCUGAAACCUUUUGCUACGAUUUUGUGAUCCCAAUCGAACGGUACGGAGAAAUAUCGAUGAUGCCACUCUGUCCUGGCGGCGAAAAGCGACCGGUGACUAAUUCGAAUCGUCGGGAGUUCGUGGAGCUGUAUGUAUUCUAUCUCCUCAAUACGGCCGUGGCUCGUCAAUUUGAGCCUUUCAAGCGAGGCUUUUUCACUGUCUGUGGAGGCAAUGCGCUCUCUCUAUUCCGCUCCGAGGAGAUCGAGCUACUCAUUCGCGGAUCCGACGAGCCGCUUGAUGUCACUUCGUUGCGAGCUGUUGCUUCUUACGACAACUGGUCAACCUCGCGUCCAGAGGCGGUCGCGGUGGUGCAAUGGUUUUGGCAAUUCUUCGAAGGGGCUUCUCCUCAAGCUCAACGUAAGAUUUUGUCAUUUGUGACCGGAAGUGAUCGGAUUCCUGCAAUGGGCGCCACUAGCUUAUCCAUUCGGCUGGCGUGCCUGGGCGAUGACUGUCCGCGAUACCCCAUUGCUCGGACGUGCUUUAACACCCUUGGCCUUUACCGAUACGGCUCUCGGCAAAAAUUCGAGAAACUGCUUUGGGACGCCGUCGUCAUGAGCGAGGGCUUCGGGUUAAAGUGA